AUGGCCCCCUCCGCAGCCGCCACGCCCACGCUCAGAGAGAAACUCGACCUGCUCCCGGCACUAGGAUCCCUCGUCUUCACCACCCUCUCCGCGCUGCUGACAGGAUGGCGGCGCGGGCCCAACGAUGAGCCCUCGCUGUACCUGCACGUCGUGUACGCCGCCGUGCGCAAGCUGAUUGUCCGGCUGUCCUCGCCGCAGCAGCAAUGGGUGUUCCCGUCCACCGACGCCGUGUACAAGCAGCAGGCGGCGUCCUUCAAGCUGGCCCCGCGCACCGUCGAGCUCCGCCACGGCGCCAAGGGCCUCUGGAUCGGCGAUCCGGACGCCGGCGCCGUCCUCGUCUGGUACCACGGCGGCGGCUUCAACCUGCCCGCGCUCAACGGCCACCUCGCCUUCUUCAUGCGCCUCGUCCGCACGCGCCCCGGCCUGGCCGUCUUCUUCGUCGCCUACGGCCUCGCCCCGGCGGCCACGUACCCCGCGCAGCUGCGGCAGGCGGUCGAGGCCCUGCGGUCCGUCGUCGCCGCCCGACCGCCCUCGCGCGUCCUCCUCGGCGGUGACUCGGCCGGCGGGAAUCUCGUCGCCGGCGUGCUGGCGCACCUGGUGCACCGCCACCCCGAGAUCGACGCCCUGCCGCUGCCCGGGCCCCUCGCCGCCGCCGUCAUGAUGGCCCCCUGGACCGCCCUGGACGGGGGGGCGACAAACGCCCGGCUGGCCGGCUACAACGGCGCGGACAUCCUCGACCGCCGGGCCCUCGAAUACUGGGCUGCGAAGUACAUGGGUGAUCGGGCCCCGGACUACUACACUGACGCGUCGAGCGCGCCCGCCGAGUGGUUCCGCGGCCUGCCCGUGGGCAGGAUACUGGUCUUGGCGGGCGGCAACGAGAUCCUGCUGCCGAGCAUUGACUCCUUUGUCAAGACCCUCGAGGCUGGCUACGGCCCCGUCGAGUUUUACGUCGCCGAGCGGGAGGCGCACAUCGCGCCCUUUGUCAACCUCAACUUUCACUCUAGUGCGCCCACGGGGCAGGGCGACAGGUUGCAGUCGUGGCUAGACGAGGUUGUUGCUUCGAGGGGGGAGACUGCCCAUUUGUAG